AUGGCUGCCAACAACAACAGCAACGGCCAGAAGAAGCGAAGAAAAGGCGACCUGAAACCCAUCAUAACCGGCACUGACAACGCUGGCUCAAGUCUUCACGACAGCCCCACCCAAGCCGAAGCCGAGUCACCCUUAUCUACCACCUCCGAAGAAGAUCCCGCCGAAGCCACCGCCGAUGAAGAAGACAGUGAGGACUACUGCAAAGGCGGAUAUCACCCCGUCUUUGUCGGCGAGACCUAUAACAAUGGAAGAUAUACGGUAGUCCGCAAGCUGGGCUGGGGUCACUUUUCGACGGUAUGGCUUUCGAAGGAUUCGCAAUCAGGCAAGCACGUCGCGCUGAAGGUCGUUCGAUCUGCGGCGCAUUACACCGAAACAGCCAUCGACGAGAUAAAGCUCCUCAACAAAGUAGUGCAAGCCAAUCCUAAUCAUCCUGGACGAAGAUAUGUCGUCAGUUUACUUGACAGUUUUGAACACAAAGGUCCUCAUGGCGUACAUGUUUGCAUGGUGUUUGAGGUGCUGGGCGAGAACCUGCUGGGUUUGAUCAAGAGAUGGAACCACCGCGGCAUACCCAUGCCCCUGGUCAAGCAGAUAACGAAGCAGGUACUGCUUGGAUUGGAUUAUUUACACCGAGAAUGUGGCAUCAUUCACACCGACUUGAAACCAGAAAACGUUCUGAUUGAGAUCGGAGACGUAGAGCAGAUCGUGCAGGCUUUUGUCAAGGAGGAGGACAAGAAUUCAAAAGACACGAAUCCAAAUGGCCGGAGGCGGCGUAGGACGCUCAUCACCGGCAGUCAACCGCUUCCCAGUCCUCUCAAUGCAAGUUUCAGCAAUAUCGACAAGAUUGGGAUGUCGCCGCACGGACACAGCAGUUUAAACCAGAUCGUCAAUGACUCGCCAGUGAACAAGUCCUCCGAGGGUCUGUCAAUGCUGGAACAGCUGAAGCUCAAGAAUCAAGAGAGCGGCAAGUCAAACGAUGCGGACCAGAAGACACGAGAAAAGACAACAGAUCCCAUAGAGAAGGAUCUGGCAGGCGAGGCCGCCAACGAGGAUCCCACGCCCAUGAGCGAGGUCAUUUCAGUCAAGAUUGCUGACCUUGGGAAUGCUUGUUGGGUUGGCCAUCACUUUACUAAUGAUAUUCAGACGCGCCAGUACCGUUCUCCAGAGGUGAUAUUGGGAUCUAAGUGGGGAGCGAGUACAGAUGUAUGGAGCAUGGCCUGCAUGGUCUUCGAACUUAUUACCGGAGACUACCUAUUUGAUCCGCAGUCGGGCACCAAGUAUGGAAAAGAUGACGACCAUGUCGCGCAGAUCAUCGAACUUCUCGGGCCCUUUCCAAAAUCGCUCUGCUUGUCCGGAAAAUGGUCGCAAGAAAUAUUCAACCGAAAAGGCGAAUUGCGGAAUAUACACAGGCUACGACAUUGGGCCUUACCAGACGUUCUGCGAGAGAAGUACCACUUUACAGUCGAUGAUGCUCAUAGAAUCGCCAACUUCUUGAUACCCAUGCUCGAUCUGCCGCCAGAGGGGCGCGCCAAUGCUGGCGGAAUGAGCAAUCACGAAUUUGUGAAGGAUGUCAAGGCGAUGGAGAAAGUGAAGGUUGAUGUGACCGUGGGAGCAAAGGGUGAAGGCAUCGAAGGCUGGGCAACUGAGACGAAGAAGCGGUAG